CCAUAACAAUUCAUUAAAAAAAGUAUUUUAAAUAGACAAGAAUAAAAUAAUAUACUUCAAGUAAUAAUUGUACAGAAACAACCAUGACCGGGGAAACCGAAAAAUCCUACAGCUUCAAAACCGAAAACAAAUUUAUAGUGAAAAGUGGUUGCAAGAAACGAAUGUGGAGGUCUUUAAAACAAAUUUUAGCUGCUGACAGAACUUUACCUUGGCCUGAUGAUGCCGUUCUAUAUUAUUCAAUAAACGCACCACCAACAUUCAAACCUACCAAGAAAUAUUCAGAUAUAUCAGGCUUACCUGCGCCCUAUGUGGAUAGGCAUUCCAAGCUCUACUACAGUAAUGCUGAAGAAUUUGCUACGGUGAGAAAUCUGCCGAUGGACAUUACAGCUGGAUACCUUCAAUUAAGAGGAGCUAGUACAAUAGUAGGAUGAUUGCGUAACAACUGCUGGAAGGCCUCUUAACAUAAAUGUCAGUAUGAUACGAUCAUGGUGUCAUGAUGUUAUUACUACUGGUCUGUAUUAAGAAUUAAGAUGCUCCCUUCCAUGGGACUGUGUUAUAUCAAGGCAUUAUUUAAUAAAUUCUUUCAUAUUUA